AACACACAUAUUUAUUUAGCAAUGUUUGAAUUUAUUUUUGGCCAAUAAAAUGCAAGGGACUGGUUUACCUAAUAGUACUGUUGGGGGAGAUUGGGCCUUAGCAGAGAGUUGCAUAAACCAUUAAAUACUAUUGGUUAAAAUGUGUUUGUUGUUCUGGGCCUCUGUCUUACUGGAUUUACCGUUACAGCUUUCUUUGAAUGUCUGCAAGUUUUAUUCUACACUUUAAAAUUACAGUGUAUAUUCUCUUUUAUUAUAUUCUCUAAUAAGUGAGGUACAUGGACCAAGAAACAAAAAAAAGUGUCAGAAAACGAACUAAUGCCAACGUGUAUUUAGAAAGGGCUGAUGUGACGGUUUAAUGCAAAUGUUAGCGUAGUGUAGCAGUCAAAUUACUAAAGCAUCAUGAUGAACGUCUCUCAUUCAUAGAUCGGUUAUGCUCACCAUGCUUCUGUCAGGAGAUGAAGGACGACAUUAAUACAAACAGUCAGUGGUGUGACCUCUGUCUCUGUGGUGACCUGUUAAUUGAUAAGACACAAUCAGCAUUCUAGCACAAACAGCCAUGCAUGUGAAACUCUAUAAAAGGCCACAAAUUGAAUAAUUUGACCGCAUGCUCUGUGAGCAGACCUCAAAUACUGAUUUUCGGUGAAGACACCAAGUAGUGCUCUCUCUCUUUCUCUCGAGACAUACUGUUCAUAUGUAUGGCUAGUGAUACAGCAGCUUUUUGGCAGUCUAAUCAACUCAUCCAUCCUUCCAUUUUCUGCUGCUUAUCUGGGGCUGGGUAUCUGUGGCAGUAGGCUAAGCAAGAUAGUCCAAACCACUAAAUCACAAAUCUAAGGGGUGUAUCGGCCUACUUGGCUCUGAUUGGCUAGUACUCGUUGCCUACGUAGGUUGUGAUAGAUAUAUCUAGUCCCUGUCUACAAUAUAGAUAUUUUUUUUAAACAUAUUUUCCACCUUCGUUUUUUUUAAAAAAAACGAUCCACUCUAGAACGCGACUCCAAACGCAGGCCGGGCUAAUAGAUGGCGAUGAAGACUAAAUAAACGAUACCUUAAAUACCAGAGAAGAAGAUUCGGAGCAUAGUGAGCUUAAUAUCUUUUGACGCUCUUAACAUAUUGUAAACAAUAGUAGAGCAAUAGCUAAUUAUUUCUUUAUACGUAUUUAUUGCAAUGGCGAACAUUUUAAUUGACUUGUAUGGAAGGAUGACACGGUGGAGUUGCUGCUUAGGGUCACUUUACAAUAUAAGGCGAUGAAAGUCCACUAAAAUGUUGAUUGGGAGUCUUAUUAUAUGAAAUAUUCACACAUCUCAGUGGCCUUUCAGGAACAGUAUCCUGUAAAGGAAGAAUCUGAGAUGGUGGGGAACGAGUUUCCUCAUGCAAAAGAUAUGAUAAGGCAAUGGUAUCAACCAAGCAUAAGACCAUCCGGUCAAAGUGCUGUGGGCCAGCUGACACGGCAGAGUGGUGUUGCUGUGCUUCAAGCUCUGAGUGCGGUCAUGAAGGAACAACGGGGUUUACUUUAGGUCUGUUUGACUGAUCUUCGCUGGUUGUUGUUCAAGUGAAAACAUCUGUUAUGUUAAGACAUCCUUUCCCAAACAUUCCAUUUAACAUGUCCACACAGAUGCAAAGUAACCAGCAUUUUCAUAAAUCAAUACCGUAAAAAGGCGUUUUUUUUUUCUAAAUAACUGUUUGCAUGUGAACUAGAGGCCAAAAAAAUUGGUCUAAAAAUAUUUCUGUUCACGUGUACACAGGGACUUAAGCAUUAGGUGUGAGAUUGGUUCGGGUUAGGGUAAGAAUAUCAGGGUAAGCCAAUCAGAGGCAGAGUAGGGCGGGUCAUACCGUCGCUAUAAUGUUGGAUAAAAUACUGUGUCCAGACAACUCUUUACCCAGCAAUGUUUUUCAGCUCCUCUUUGGGGGGAUCCUGAGGCAUUCCUAGGCCAGAUGAGAUAUGUAAUCUCUCCAGCAUUUUCUGGGUCUCCUAACAGCUGGACGUGCCCUGACAACCUCCAAAAGAAGGUGCCCAGGGCGCAUCACGAUCAGCUGACCGAACCACCUCAAUUUUGACACAGAGGAGCAGAGGCUCUACUCCAGGCUCCCUCUGGACGCCUGAACUCCUUUUCCUAACUCUAGGGGUGAGCCCAGACAGUUUAUGGAGGAAACGCCUUUAAUCCACUUGCAAUCUCAUUCUUUGAGUCACUCCCUAAACUCAGUACCAUAGCUGAGGGGUUGGAAUAUUGAUCAACUGGUAAAUCGAAAGCUUAAACUUUUGGCUCAGCUCCUUCUUCACCAAUGACUGCAUCACUGGCGAUGCCACACCAAUCCAGCUGUUGACCCUGAGAUACUGAAGACUCCUUCACUUGGGGAGACAACUCCCGACCCAGAGGGAGCAAACCACCGUGGCCUCAGAGGUGCUGACUCUCAUCUCUCUUGGCCUGAUGAAGCCCAUAGAACCACAUUGUCGGCAAAGAGAAGCAAUUCUUUGUUCCCCGAACCGGACACUGUCCUGCCCCUGGCUGCGGCUUGAGAUUCUGUCCAUGGAAAUCGCACACAGAAUCAAUGACAAGGGACAACCAUGAAAGAGACCACUGAAAAAAUAUUGUAAUACAGACACAACUUUCACACCUGUCACAGAAGGACUGGCUGGCUCUUAGCAACGGCCCCAGCAGUAUCCCACACUCCCAUAGUAACUUUCACAGGACUACCCAUAGGACAAGUUGUAAGUCCUCUUAAAUCCAAUAAAAACCUAGAUCAACAAACUUCCACAAUCCCUCUCAUAAUCCUGUCAGGGUAAAGUGAUGGUCCUCUGGCGCUCCUCGUGAAUCUGAGGUCCGACAAUCAGUCGGAGUCCCUUCCAGCACCCCGUCACAAGCUUUCAGAACUGGCAGUGAAAAUUAUAAAUAUCCAUAAAAGGUUUCAAUUGAUGACCAACUACCAUGUAUCCUAUUGACCCAGAGCAGUGUCUGGCAGUGUGUCUGAGGUAAAUUGUUGUAUAGCCUAUACUGUAAGCUAUUUUUUUUGAGUUUCGUUUUAGCAAAAUUCCAAGAUAAUGCAUUGUAAUAAUGCAACACAGGGUUGCAAAACAAACUGCAAACACAUAACAGCAUUCCUGUGGUGCCUUUUUUAGAUUUGCAUUAGGAUAUAAAUCCUAUAGAAUUUUUUUAAGCAAAAGAGGCAAAACUCUAAAAGAAGAAUAAAUUAAACGACACAUAAUGGAGGUGAAGAUGAGUAUUUUCUAAAAAGUCCGAAUUUGUAUUUGAUUUCAUCCCCAUUAUCAUAGCCCACAUAUUUUUUCAUUCCCUCUAUGUACCACAUGGUUGCUAUUGUGGGUCCUCUAACAGGCGCCUGGAGGUCCCCGGACCUCAUGUUGGGAACCGCAAACACACACGUUGUUGACGCUGCUCCAUUCAUUUCACUCUCAUCUGACUGAGAGGCAGACGGAGCUCUAGCGGUCAAACUCACCACCAACUCUGCACCAUCGUCCUCAAAGUAAAACACUGGGGCAGUUGCUGCUCCGACUUCGCUUUUUUCGGUUUGGGUUUUUUUUUUGUGCAGCGCGCGCGCGUGUGUGUGUGUGUGUGCGCGUGUGUGCGUGUGUGUUGUAAAUUAGUUGUGAGCAUGCAAGGCAACGGUCGUCACCGAAACAAGGAAUCAAGGAGAACAUGGACAAAUCGGCAACUUAUAUUCUACAAAUGCACUUUAUAUUUAUUCGUCUUUAGUCUGGAACUGAAGAGGAGCGUUACGGAGCCGCUGGACUCUGACGAGUUUGCGUUCUUCAAUGAGGGCCCCCAGGGGUGCCUGGGAGUGCAGGGUCACUCCCUCAUCUUGUCAACCUCCUGUGAGGAAGACAACCAGCGCUGGAAGUGGGUGACCCGGGGUCGUCUGUUCAACCUGGGCUCCUCGCUCUGCCUGGGCGUAACCACAGGGAAUGUCUCCUCCAAAUGGGAAAAGUCUCCUCUGGGCGUGUACACCUGUGACCGCGAGCCUCCCAGAGUACGCUGGACCUGGAACUGUGGCCAGGUGUUGGACAACCUCAACAACUACCUUCCCACACCCAUGUUUUGGAACAGCUCCUCAGCCUCUUCAAAUCUCAAAUGGACACUGCAUGGCGGUGGGCAGGACCUGUGCUCUAAAACAUAUCGUGAGAUCUACACGAUCCAGGGGAACUCUCAUGGCCGCCCCUGCUACCUGCCCUUCCUGUAUGACGGCCAGUGGUUCCACAACUGCACCAGUAUCGGGCGUGAGGACGGUCACCUCUGGUGCGCCACCACUUACGACUACGGCAAAGACGAGCGUUGGGGCUUCUGUCCCGUGAAGAGCAGUGGCUGUGAGACAUUCUGGGAUACUGACCCGCUGACAGACAGCUGUUACCAGUUUAACUUCCAGGCUACGCUGUCGUGGAGCGAGGCCAGGCUCAGUUGCCAGCAGCAGGGAGCGGACUUGCUGAGCAUCACCAAGCUGCAUGAGCAGACAUACAUCAAUGGUUUACUGACGGGCUACAGUGCUGCUUUGUGGAUUGGCCUCAAUGACCUGGACAUCAAUGGAGGCUGGCAAUGGGCCGACUCCUCACCACUCAAAUAUCUCAACUGGGAGUCAGACCAGCCAAACCAUGCUGAGGAGGAGAACUGUGCUGUGAUAAGAACUGAGUCAUCGGGUCGUUGGCAAAACCGCGAUUGUUCAGUUGCUCUGCCGUACGUUUGUAAGAAGAGGCCCAAUGCCACUCUGGACCCCUUCACUACUGAUUCGUGGGCAGAUGAUGAGAAAUAUGAGUGUGAUGUGGGCUGGCAGGCCUUCCAGGCUGGUUGCUACAAGUUGACGUCAGAGAAGAUUGACUGGGAUACAGCUCAGAAAACCUGUCAGAGGAUGGAGGCCAACCUGGUCAGCAUCCACACCCUACCUGAGCUAGAGUUCAUCAUACGCAACCUAAAGAAAGGUAUUGACCAGUUAUGGAUAGGGCUCCAUGACACCAAUAUGCAAAUGGACUUCCAAUGGACUGACCACACGCCCGUCAUCUUCACCUACUGGCACCCCUUUGAACCCAACAACUUCCGCAACACCCAAGAAGAUUGCGUCUCCAUCUGGGGAGCUGAGGGCCGCUGGGAUGACAGCCCUUGUAAUCUGACUCUGGCCUCCAUCUGUAAGAAACCGGGAACAAAGAGUGAUGGGAAGCCAAAGCACCAAGACUGCAAACAAGGUUGGAAGUGGCACAGCCCAGCUUGUUACUGGGUGGGUGAAGAUCUGUUUACCUUUGAUGAAGCCAGAAAGUCUUGUGAGGACCAUGGAGCUGCCCUUGUUACCAUUACCAAUAGGUUCGAGCAGGCCUUUGCCAACAGCCUGGUGUUCGGUCGCUCUGGUGAUUCCUUCUGGAUCGGGCUCCAUGACCAGGCCAGCCCCGGCUCUUUCCACUGGCUCAGUGGGGACGAAGUGUCCUACACUAACUGGAAUCGCGACCAGCCAGUCAGCGUCCGCGGCGGCUGCGUCUCCAUGGCGACGGGCUUUGCAACAGGUCUGUGGGAGGUGAGGGAGUGUGCGUCAUCGAAGGCGAAAUUCAUCUGCCGUCAGAACCAGGACACGUCUCUGAGCCCCGGGCCCCCCGUCCCUCAGCCGACCCCGAGCCUCAGCGGCUCCUGUCCCAGCAGCUGGAAGAGCAGCAGCAACCUGCACUACUGUUACAAGGUGUUUCAUUCCUCCCAGCUGGAGAAGAAGCUGAGCUGGCUGCAAGCUCACCUGUCCUGCCGGAGACACGGAGCCAACCUGCUGAGCAUCACCAGCCCUGAGGAGGAGCACUUCAUUCUGCAGGUCCUCCAUGAGGCCUUUGGGGAGUCAGAAGACCACGAGCAGCACUGGUUUUGGAUUGGACUGAACCGCAGAAACCCAAUGGACAAUGGCAGCUGGAAGUGGAUUGAUGGACUGGCUUUCACAUACCAGAACUUCGGCCGCUACUACUACAACGUCAGGCAAUGCGCUGCAGCAGACCUGGGCACUAUGACCUGGCUGGCCAUGCACUGUGACUCUGAGUUAGACUGGAUCUGCAAGAUCCCCAGAGGUAGUGUUGAGAAGGAACCAGAUGUCUCUGAAGGCACCACUUCACCGGAGUGGAUUGGCUUCCAGGAGGCUGAGUAUAAAUUCUUUGACCACCGCAACACUUGGGACCAGGCCCAGAGGAUUUGCUCCUGGUUUGACUCCUCGCUGGCCUCCGUCCACUCAGCUGAGGAGGAAGCUUUCCUGGCAAACACUUUAAUCAAGAUGGUGAAAGUGGAGGGUGACAACUGGUGGCUGGGGCUUCACACCUAUGAAAAUGAUGGCCGUUUCCGCUGGUCAGACCACUCUGUGCUCAAUUAUGUGUCCUGGGCCCUCGGGAGGCCACACCCGGUCAGCCGUGAUCGCAGAUGUGUCCACUUGUCCGCCAGCAAAGCGGAGUGGGCUGAUCAAAAGUGCCACUCUGACCUGCCCUACAUAUGUAAAAGAGUGAAUGUCACAGGCACCAUUCCUCCAACUCCGUCAUCCCCCCACCCACCUUCAGGCUGUCCUGACGGAUGGUCUUCCUAUCAACAUAAGUGUUUCAGAGUUUUUGAUCAGUUAUACCGAGUCACAUGGUCUGCAGCCAAGCUGAAAUGUGAAACACAGGGAGGUGUACUGGCAGUGGUGUCCAAUCAUUUGGAGCAAGCUUUUGUCACAACCCUGCUUCAAAAUGCCAGCGUCGACCUUUGGGUGGGUCUGACCUCAGACUCUAAAGGCCAUUUCCAGUGGGCCAAGGCGGGCCUGCUCAGCUACACCAACUGGGCUCCCGGAGAGCCACUGGACAACAGCGGACCACACCACGACAAGAACCCGGGAAACUGUGUGGUGAUGAUUCAUGGGAACCCACAGAAGAACACUGGCAUGUGGGCCUCCCGCGCCUGUGAGAUGGAAAGCAACGGCUACAUCUGUCAAAGGUCCCAAGACUCGGGUCUCCCUGCGGCCCCGGCUCUUAUCCCUGCCUCCCUGUCGAAGCCCGUAGAGCUGGGUGGCGUGACCUACAGGGUUGUGGAGAAGCGUCUGGACUGGACCGGCGCGCUCCACCUCUGUGAAUCUUUGAAUGGGACCCUUGCCACGGUGACGGAUCCCUACCAACAGGCUUACCUCACACUUCUGAUCAAUAGCCUGCACCGGCCUGCCUGGAUCGGUAUCUACAAUUAUGGAGGACGGAGCUUCACCUGGCUGGGUGAAGAUGAAGUGUCGUAUUCAAACUGGAAAGAUGGGGAGCCCCAUCAGACGGCCGGAUGCGGUCACAUGACCACUACUGGGCAGUGGACUAUGACUCCCUGUGAUGCUAAACUGGACACUGCUAUCUGUCAAAUUAGUGAUGAGCCUGUGCUUCAUGAGUGGAUCUACCCCGGCCAGUGCCCCCACUCUCUGGGGGAGUGGUCAUGGGUGCCUUUCAGAAACCACUGUUACGCCUUCAACCUGCAAAGUCUUAGACUGCAGCAGGAUGCACGUACAUCCUGUAAAAAAGUGGGAGCUGAACUUCUCUCUAUCUUGGAUGAGACAGAGAACGGAUUUGUAUGGGAACACAUCCAGAGCUAUGCAGAGCAGGCACAUGGAGCUUGGCUGGGCGUCAGCGUGAAAGGUAGAGGCCUAGUGUGGAGCGGGGACACAGAGAUGUCGUACACCAACUGGGAGGCGCAUGAUGUCGCCUUCUCUGUUCUGUCUCCAAACUCCUGCUUCUGGAUCCAGAGCAACAGUGGCCUGUGGAAGCCGGGCUCCUGCAGAAAUCGCACACAUGGAGUCAUCUGCAAAGGGCCUCGCACUGCUGAAACCUCAGCUGUAACAAUGGAUAGUGGCAACCACCUGCCCACUCUGAUUGUUGUCAUGGUGACGGGCCUGGUGCUGGUGGUGCUGAUAGUCGGCGUGAUCUACUUGUACCGUCGGCGAACGAUCGGGUCCCGGGGGUCCUAUGAAGGGGCCCGCUACAGCCGCACCAACUCCAGCCAGGCGGAGCAGGUUGAGAAGAACAUCCUGGUGUCUGACAUGGAGCUGAACGAGCAGGCAGAGUAGCAGAGACCGACCUGGACCGACCGACCCAGAACCGGACCCAACCCUUGCACAGGAGAGGCUGAUUCAGACAGACAUUGUGGCAUUUAUGUUGUUGUUGUCUCUUUUGAAACCAAAAAAAAAAGAUUUUUAAAGUGCUGAAGGGCUGUGUAGAGCGCAGCAGUUGUUUAGUUUUAAAUUGAAUCCCCGCCUUCUCAAUCAUCUUCUGCCAAGACUUAACAGUUCUACCGAUUUCUCUCCAGAUAAAUCAGGUCCUUCCAUAUGUACAACUUUUCCCCCCGAAAGCGUUCAUGAAGCCCACAAACGGAUCUACCGGGAGUUUAGGUUUAUUGCAGCAGCUGGAAAAGUUCAACAUAAAUCGGUUUUAUGAAAUCACUCCUCAAUGUCUCCUCUGGUGCCAAUGUAAAUUUUUGCUCGGUGUAAAUUUCCUUUUUUUUGUUCCCAUUUUGAUUGAAAGACUUACAAAGCAAGAAAGUACAAUCACAGCCACAGAUCGACUCUUAACUAAAACCGUUUGUCUCUGUCCUCUAAAUACAUAACCACAGUCUUCUCCGGGACCAAAUUCACUUUUCCUUUUCUUCUGUUUUACCAUGACAGUAUUUACCGGAACUUGAGGUGUUUUUUUUGUUGUUUUAUUGCAUUCAUGUCCUUCCCAUUGAUUUGUCAUUAUCUGUGCAGCGGUAAGACUGUAAACUGUUACUGAUGAUGCAUGUGUGGUUUUUGUGGGUCCGCCUCUCUCCUCCUCUCUGAUCUGACACGUCAGCACCAGCUGGCAGAAGAGCAGAGGAGGAAGAAGUCCAAAUGUGAAUGUGUGGAGGGUGACAGGGAUCAUUAUUAGUGGUGACCGUCUGAGGGUUCUUAGUGUUGAAAGCUGGUCUUUAAGUAGGCUACAUUGUCUUUUUUGUACUGCAGGACUGAAGGUUUUCAUGAAAUGAUCAGGCUUUCAGCUCCCAUGGCUCUGUGUACAUUUUGGCACUUUCUUCAAUUAUCUUGAGCGAAUUCAAUCUUGGUCAUCCACUUGCCUUUAGUCAUUCCGAACUUGUGUUUGUUUUGGCUUCCAAUGUACCAUCUGGUGCUGAUUCAGCAAUUAUUAAGGGCAGUGAUUCUCUUUGUAUGCACCAUGGAGUUGCAAUUUGAUAUUUGUCUAGUUCAUCAUUUUUAUGGACACAGUUCACUUCUCUGUGUGUUUUAUCACGUGGAUAUUUUUCACUCUUUGUCUUUUUAAUGAUGCAGGUUUCAUUAUGUGUUUUGACUUAAAUACGACUGGAAAAGACAUUUGGAAACGUUCCUACUUUUAAGGGAUAAACGCCAACGCUUGAACUUCUCAUUGCCCCACAAAGGAAAACAUCCCUCAAGUGAAUGACUCCGUUGUAUACGCGAGAGCCAAAAAAAUGUUUUAAAAGUGAAUUCACUAUUUCGCAAAAGAAAACCUCCUUCCAGUCUUUUUCUACGUCAUUUUAAGAUUUAACAUUUGCGCAGGGUAAUGACCACGUUCUUUAGAGUUCAUUUGCCUCAAACAUUUUUCUUUUUCCCUCAACUCUUGCCUCUGAGUGCAUUUCUGUCUUUUUGCUUGCAGGAAUUCAUUGGGGCCAUUUCAGUCUGAGGCUUUUGGUGUCUCACAGAGCUGUUGUAAAAGAAAAGAAAAAAAAAGCUGCGUGCGUUGGACUAAGAUAGAGGGGGAAGGGAGCAGGAGAAGGGGUAAGGAGAAGUGUGUGAGUGAGUGUGUGUGAGUGUGUGCAGUCUCCAGCUGUGGAAUGUUGAGUCGGCAAGAAGAGCUCAGUGGCAAGUCUGGAACCAAUCAGAGCAGGAGAGCUCAGGGACAUGAAGGGUCAGAAAGAAGACAGAAAAAAGGAAAACUAGAUGAAGGAGAAAAGGGGGGGGGGGGGGGGGGAGUGUGAGGAGGAGUCAGGGUUGUAGGAAGAGAGGAAACAUGCAGGGAAGGAGGAGUGUAAAGGGUACAGUGGUUUGUCCCAGGCUUACCCCGACCUCUGCUGGUGGUUUUACUGUAAAGGUUUGUCUUUACAUACAGUAUGAUGUCAACUGAUUGAGGUGAUGAGGUGAAGAUGCAAUGACCAUCGGUGUGUUCCCCAAUGAGAUCCUCUCUGCGAUGCCGGCCGGCUCUUGUCCCCGUGAAGAUUAGCUGAAGCACCUGUUUGUUUUUUAAAGUUUUUGUGUCACUUUUAUAUGAAUUGAAUAAAGUCUAUGUUCUCAAAGCUUCUGUUUUCAGUUAUUUAUGAAUUAUUAUUAACCGUGGAGCAAAUUCUCAUGUAAA